ACCUGUUUUUGUUUCUAGUUUCUAUUUUCUAACUGUUGGAUUUCGAGCUCGGGCCUCAUAAUAAUUCUCAUUUCUGGGAGUCAAGUUUGUUUUCGGUCUUUUGCAUUUGGAACUUUAUGAGUUGCUGCUAGUUAUUGCACAGAACAAUAAUUAAUAACUUUUUAAAUAUAUUCUUCUUGUCAACAUGAACCAAACAAUAAAUGUGGAUCAACUUAAUUCCGCUCUAUCAUCCUUAAGAACAUUGAGAUCUAGCGUGAGCUAUGUCUUUGAAACAUUAUCAAGUGGUCUUCGGGCCGACCACGGCGAAGACGGAAAAGACAAAUUCAUAAUAGAACUGCAAGAACUUCUCAACAAUGUAAAUAUUAAUCUAAGAGACUUGGACCAAACUGUUAAUGGAUUACCAAUUCCAACCGCACCAUUCAACCUGGGCAAUACAACUUUUUUGAGUCAAGAAACUACACAAGACCGUCAAGCUCUGUACACACAACUUGUAAACAGUUACAAGUGGACUGAUAAGAUCCAUGAGUAUAGCUCUUUUGCACAUACUCUUCUUAGUCAGAAUUCAUUAAAACGAUCUUAUAUUAACUCGGGAAGUACUAAACGUCGGGGUAAAUUACAAAGCAAUCACAAUGUGGCACCAUUACAAGUAGACAAUGUUAUAAACAACAUUGACAGAUCAUAUAAUGAUAUGAAAAUUACUAUAUCUCGGCCAUUUGCCAGCAAUGCUGUUGUACAGAUCAAUUUGAGUCAUGUUUUGAAAGCAGUAGUGGCAUUUAAAGGUUUGUUGAUGGAAUGGGUAAUGGUUAAAGGUUAUGGAGAGACCUUAGAUCUAUGGACAGAAUCUCGUCACAAUGUGUUCAGGAAGGUCACAGAAAAUGCACAUGCAGCAAUGUUACACUUCUAUUCACCAACACUGCCAGAACUAGCAGUGAGGUCAUUCAUGACAUGGUUACAUAGUUAUGUGAAUCUAUUCAGUGAUCCUUGCAAGAGAUGUGGCUGUCAUCUCCACCACACUUCUAUGCUGCCCCCAGCAUGGAGGGACUUCCGCACCUUGGAGCCGUUCCAUGAUGAGUGUAAACAAUAGUCCAUGUGGUAUUGAAUGGGAGAGAAGACAAAUUUUUUGGUCUUAGCAACUCUCCUAUUCAAUACAAAACCUCAAUAUUAGACUGUUUUUGUGUUAUUUUGUAAAUAAAGCAUAAAGAGUGGGACUGUUAGGUUAGGUUAAAUAAUAGUUAUUAUCUAUAUGUUGUAUUAGUAGUAUAAAACUGUAAAUAUUAAAAAAAAAAUGUGUAUUUAUUAAUUUCACACAUUUAGCUAGUGAUCAAAUAUGCAUUUGUAUGUCGUUUAACUGUUGCUACAUAUAGUAGGUUAAUAUUUAAAAAAAAAACAGGAUGGCCAACCAAUCCUGUUUUUUUUUAUUAUUUGCUCAAAAUUCAUAACCAAUUUACAAUCUUAGCCGAUUAUGAUCAACUAUUUAAGAAGAUUUUGAAAAUAUCAAAUUGAGACUAACAUUUAAGUGUUAAAACAAGCUUAGUGUGUGUGUCUAGUCUAAAUAAUUAUUAAUUUACAUACUCUCUGUCAAUAAAAAUACAUUUCAUAGAAAAA